GAUUGAUUCCCCGCGUCUUAGAUAACAUUCGUGUAAAAUCAAUAUUCUCUGCGCAGUUGUACGUCCCCUUGUGACUUAACUAUUACUUAACCUAAAUAUUUAACAACAAAUGAACAAAACGGAACAUUUUAUUAAUGCAAUAAUAAAUGUACAUCAGGUAUUUUUAAAGAUUCUUGUCGGAAAUUGUUUACGUUGAUUUGUCAUUUGUAAAUAUUUUUUUUAUUGAAGGACUAGUAAAACAAAUACCACUAAGUGUUUAAGUGUUUAAAAAUCGAUACAGUUACGCAAAAAUUUGAAAAAUAUACAAAAACUGUGUUAAAGGAGAUGUUUUAAAAAAAAUACCAACGUCAAUAAGUUAAUUAAUCUGUUAUUUAUGUGAUGGAUUUCUGAUUCGUGAAACCAACGGGAUGAAAAUGCGCUGGAUUUUUCCUGUUCCAGUCCUCCUAAUGUCAUGGUUUGGAGUGGACGACGUGAAGGCAAACUCAUGUAUUCGAACUGCAUUAUGGACUAUAACACUCACUCCCCUAAUACAAGCUGAAUGCGAUAGAUCACGCACAAUAUACUGUUACGAGUGCGACAGUUGGACGGAUCCGAGAUGUAAGGAUCCAUUCAACUACACGGCGUUGCCUCGCGACCAGCCGCCAUUGCAGACCUGCAAUGGAUGCUGUGUCAAAAUGGUGCGGUAUUCUAAAAGCCCGUACGAGGUGGUCCGUCGAACAUGCACGUCGCAGUUACAGAUAAACCUCUUCAUGGUGGACCACGUUUGCAUGAUGGAAAGUACAGGCAAUGGUCACAUGUGUUUCUGUGAGGAGGAUAUGUGCAACGGCGCAGCAACUGUCUCUAACAUUUUAGCAUUCGCACUGGUCAUAAUAGCAUGUGCAUGUAGGUGAAGUAGCUAGGAUCGGUCGACUCGAAGGAAAUUUUGUGGGAAAUACGAAAUUUUGACAGGAAAUUUAAACUUAGGGUGAAUGUGAACCCUGUUAAAUCUAACCAGUCUUUUAACUAAAGUACUCCGGAGUAUUGUGACAAAAGAGUUCUUUAGUUAAGAUACAUUUUGAUUGUCGAUAUUUAUGAUUGUUGUGAAUAUUUCGAGAGUAAGCUAAUUAAGGAGUGUGAUUAACUUUAACGGAAGUGUAAAAAUUGUGUUUCAACUUCGUUUAGCGAUCUUGAAAUUUAAACUUAGGGUUAUGCGAAAGUUCAAAUUAGGUACGAAUGUCAUUGUAUAAGUGAAAGAUGCGAAGUGAUGUGCGAGUCACGAUAAAUAUGGUGAUUUAUCGAGUCGAUCGACGCUGCAACACUAGUUUUAAUUAAUUUUCGUCCAAUUGUAGAUGUAGAACGUGAAAAUUCACGGAAACGCAUUUUCCCUAAGGACUAGGCUUUGCUUCAUUUCUCAGAAACAAUCGCUUGCAUUCAAACACUUCGAUUCAUUCACAUUGAUAAGUCAAGUGGUCAUUACUCAUCUGUCAAAUUUACAAUUUGACAUAUUUAAUUUAUCCGUAAUGUAAUUAGUUGUCAGCUGUCGAAUUUACAGUUUGACAUAUAUUGAAUGUGUCAGUUAAGUGGUCAGUUGUCAGUUAUCCAAUUUGCUCAUUGACAGAUUUAACGUUACCAAGUGACACUUUACAUGGCCAUUUUUCAUUGUCAACUGAAUAGUUGCUCUUGGAUGUUUAACUAAUUUCAUCCCAUAUUAAUUUUAAUCCAUGUAUAUAUUAUUUUAAGGUUGUAUGACAGUGUAAAUAGAAAGAAAAAGAACUAUUUGAAAAUGCGUGUGUACCAAAUGACAUUUGAACACAGCGUGACAGAAAGUGUAACACAUGAAAGACGUCAGAAGUCAACCUCAAAACGUUAUGUCACUUUGACAAUUUCCUUUAUCCGUAAAUAGACCAUUCUUGUUUCAUUUCGAUCGAUGGAGCUAAAAGACAUAUCUUGUGAAAUCAGACACACUGACACUUUACCACUUUUCUGUUUUUCAAUGUCAAUUGUCACUUCAAGUCUCUUAUUGCUCUUAUCUCUAUGAACUUCUUCUCUAUCACUUAUUGUCUAGAAUCAAAUUGAAAACUAUUUAAUCUGGUUUAGUGGAUUUAAUAUACAAGAAUCCCUUUAAGUAUUUCGAUAAAGUGAAUAUAAAGUACCUGCCAAGCAUUUCGUUACACAUAGUUGGCAAAUAUAGAUUAUAGGUAUAUUUUGUCUAUUCCAAAGACAAUUUAUAUGCGUAGAUAGAAUGUAAAUUGAAGGGGGAAUGCUGACGUUGCCUCGCCACCGCUUUACAAUAUGAUUUAGUAAAUACAGCAUUUCUCUAUGAAUUCAACGACAAUACGUUGUUAUUCAAAUGUCAUUUGACAGUUGACAGUAAAGAGAAACUAUUCUCUUGAUAUAUGCUUCGAAUAGCUAUUGUCUUUAUUGCCGUGUCUGCAUAAAGAUUUGUCAAAGUUACAAGUUAAAUGCAAAAUGUUAGCCACUGAGUGGCCCUACUGAUUUGUUCGUAACUACUGAGUUUUCCCCAUCGUUCCUAGUGUGUUUAAGCAAUAUAUAAUCCUUAGCUACUAUUAUCUAGCUAAUUGAGGCAUAUACUAAUAGAACACGAUAAAAUAGGUAUAUUAGUUUAGAGAUGGAAUAAUCGCUUAAAGUUUAUCUAGACCAAAAGAUUUGCUCAUAGACGCACUAUAGAUAGAAAUGUUGAAGUGGACUAGCGUGAACUGCCGAUUUGUAGGUGAAUCGAUUUAUAUUCAAAUAGAGUGUUACAAUAUUAAAUUAUAAAUCAGAUUCGAAUUGUGUAAGAACACUUCGUUUUUUACUAAUACUUGUAUACGUACGUACAUAUGCAUCUCCAACUUGGGCGCUCACUAAAGCAUAGCAUGCGGUGUAUCGAUGGAGCGAUGAUAGGGAAGAAAGCACAAAAUAAAGAAUACAUCAACACAAGAACUAAGAUAACAGAUGACGGGAUAUCGAGGAGGCCUUUGUCAGAAAAGGUCACACGGAUACCUAAAAAGAAUGAGAUAUAAAUGCUAGAAGUUAGCAUCUCAAUCUAAUAUUUGUUGUUAUAAAGAUAAACGUAACCUAACUGCAAUAAUCUCCCGGAAAGAUCAACUAUUUGCCUUAAGGAAACGUGAAAAUGUGAUCCUUGACGAUCGAUAAGCACCUUGAAAUGACUGAACAUGUUUUACAUUGGCGAAGCGUGACAAAUAAACCAAUUAUUAUACGCAUACUUAUGUAAGGGAAGCCACACUAUUGGUAUUACCACCUACAUAUUAAGCGGAUAAGGCUGUAUUAAAAUUCUUGAAAGAAUCUUUGACUGCGAUUGAAGGUCGAAGCAUAUAAUAAUUUGGUGUGAAAGUUUUCGUCGAAAUUCGUAUCUUACGUUAGACUGUUCUAAUCAUUUUUAGCUUGAUAUCGAAAACCUUACAUUUUCGGUCCCUGGAUAUAUUGCAAGGAAAUUAUAAUCUCAAUAAAAAAACCAUUUUUGAAACCAUUAAAAACUGAUGAAAGACAUUCCGAAGAGACAAGUUUUUUUUAAUUAUAGGACCUCUACAUAAUAGCCUACCAGGCACGCGAUUAGGCAGCAGUGGAAUGACAAAUCUGCCAUUUAAAAGGGGAUUUUAUUUGCUUAAAAGGCUUGGCGGCUUCCGCCGGUCCCGGGAGACAACUACCCCGGAAAUAUCCUCAUGGUAUGUAUAGGCAAGUUGGAGUUACUUCUUGUGCUAUUGCUAACAUAUUUGUCAAAUUUAUGGCAGAUGUCCAAGUGACUAUUAACAUAUAUUCCAAAAAAACUUCCGGUCGAGUCGUUAGCUUGAGUCCAAACGGAGCUGAUUUCUACUGCAUAGAGAAUUAAACAAGAAACAUUGAGGCAGUAGGGAGUUGAAUAACCAAGUUGAAUGUCCCUAAGGCAGAUAAGAACAUGUCCUCCCAUAUUCUUAUCUGCCUGCCCCUCUUCUGUUGUCCACUUCUCCCACGAAACUUUCGUUUCGUACCAUUCCGUUACAAACAAAAAGUAUAUUUAACUAUCCUAGGGCGAAAAGACACGACAGGGAGUAAUAGGAAUUUGGAAGGCCAAGAAUUAUUUUGGGAUUCGGUAGGUGAGUUAUAUUAUCACGUAGGCCUCUACCAUCUGUUUCCAUUCCUUUCUAAUGUUAGCUCUUCUUGUCCAACUUUUUCCUUCUUUUCGCUUUAUUUCGUCUGCCCAUCUCUUCCUCUUUUCCUUUGUCCUUCUCGUGGUUGUCAUUCUGUAAUAAUUUUUGUCCAUUUCAACUGCUCUCUCGUCAUGUGCUCGAACAGAAAUAGGGCAAGAGUGAGUAAGAGUGAGGAUAUUCUUACACAAUUCGAAAGACACAGUUUCGGAGCAACUUCAAAUAUGACACCAGCAUGGUAUCACGGUGCAAUAGUGCUCGCUUAAUUAUAGCUAUUGAUCGCUAGUUAGGUUACACAUAAGUUAUGAAAAUAAACACCAAUUAAUCAUUAAAGUCGAUUGUAAAUGUAGUCAUAAAAAAGUUCCCUUUUAAUCUAUCCUCAACUUUGUCUCUCGCUUGCAUUUACACAUUCUACUACUCCUUAUGUUACUUUUAAGAAAACUUCGCGCUACUUCGUUUAUGUCAAAAACAGAUACGAAAUUGUCAGAAGCAACUAGUACGAGUACAUUCAAAUAGUUUUUUUGGCAAAUUUGAGCGAAGCGUAUUUGCAACUAAGGAAUGAAACAGCGAGAGUCAUUUCAUAAUGUCAUAUUCUGACAGCUGGGUCGUAUUUAUAUAAUCUGUAUAAUUUACUAGCCUAUAACGAAACAAUCUUGAAAUGGCGGACUUGCUAUCUUGCUGAUAUCGCUCUGUACUAUCACAGCGUACCAAAAGCAAUUACGUUCUGUCAAUUUUAAAAUUAAAAAUAAAUUGUAUGUCAAGCAUAUUUGGCCCCCAUUUUGGUAUUGUUUCGUAAUUUUCUACGAAUAAUAAAUUAUUCUACUCCAAACUGUUCACUGUUCAACAAAUCCAUUUAUUGUUACAUUUUUUUAUUAAUAUGUAACUUAGGGAGUAGUGUGGUGCAUAUUCGAAAAGAACACUAGCAUAAAAAUAACAGUUGCUCAUAGAUUAAAGUGCGUUUAUACAAUGUUAUUUUUCAUUGUUAUUUUAACGGAUUAAAAUAAUUUCGCUACACUCGCAUAGUUGCUCUUUGUUGACAAUCAUGUGACAAAUCGACUCAAAAAUCUAAAGACCGAGUUAGGCUCUUCGUCGAGUCAACAUUCAACUUUGUGGUGUUAAGAAUUUCCUAACAGAUACAAUAUUAGUGUUAAUUAUAGAUAGAUAAAUUCAUUCAUAAUUGAAUCCGAAGUAUCUUGGUUUGCAUGUUUAUUUAAGCAUGGACGUGCACUGUAGUGGGGUGGACACAUAUCAAACCAUUAAAAUUGUAUGCACCAAAUAACUUUAACAAUAUUUUUGUAAAGGCUUUAGGCGUCAGAAUAUAUUUAUAGUUUGACAAGUGAAUUCUGAUCGCAGUUUGCUCAACAGUUAUGUCAACAGAUCUUGUCUUGAUAAUUUGAUUGGUGCUACAGUACAUUCAUUCAUAUCACCGUAGAGUUAGUUUUUCUCUAUUUAGAUUUUAACAUAUCUUAAGGGCUAUGUAAUGACAGAAUCAGCAGUUCUUAUUACUCCAAUUUGUAAGUGCUGAGUUUGUACAAAGAUUGCCCAGGAGCACUGUCGGCAUGAGCGGAAUGCGUUGAUCAAAACUAAUCUUUUAUGACAUUAAAUUAUGACGGCUCUAUAAUAUUUUGCAAAAGUUUCAUAAGUGGUUGGCUAUAACUUCCAAAUCGAAUAUUUACUCAAAUUAAUUUAAUGUCAUGAUCAACAGAAAAUAGCAUUAAAGUAGCAGAUAAGCUUUCACUAAUAAUUUCACUGUUAUUUUUAACUGCACUGUUAUUUCGCUUGAAAAGACAGUUAACGAGAUGGGAACUGCUAUCGGCUAUUUUUCACUGUGCUGGUCACGUGUUUAAGUGUGAAUAAUUGAUAUGUUGUAUAUAAUGUAUCAUGCAUUAUGUACUGGUGUAAUUAGGCCUACAGAAUUAAAAGAAAAAAAAACAUUAAAUAAAACACAAACUAUGAACACAAUUUUGUUGACAUUGAAUAUAUAUAUUUUAAGAAAACGAAAAUAGCCGAUCAGUUUCCAAAGAAAUAAUGUGACCUGUUUGUUAUUUUUCUUGUGUAAUCAUGGUCUAUCUGUCAACGUUUUUGACAAAUGACAGACGACGACCAGUUCGUAAAUCAUAUCAUUCUGAAAUAGCUCUUUAUUCUAUGUAAUAAAGACAAUCUUUAAGAGCCAAGGAUAUUUGGUAUUUCAGAACUGUCAAUUGUCUAAAAAGUUUGUGUCUCUAUGUAAAAUUGCUCGAAAUUAUUACAAUAAAUUUUACCUUCAAAAUGCGUAAAAUAUUUACAAUUAUGAUUAGUUUCAUCUGUCUGUAAAAUAAA